GGCAUGGCGCGGGGGUGUUGGGGGAUCGCCGCCGUGCUGGCGCUGUGUGCGGUCGCCUGGAGCUGCACCCUGGGGCUGGCGCUGCAGCUGGAGCGGGACCAGCCGUUCCGCGUGCCCCCCGGCUGGGCCCAUGCCGGCCGUGUGGAUCCUGGGCACCCAGUGCAGCUGACCUUCGCCCUGCGGCAGCGCGGCACUGACCACCUUGCCCGCCUCGUCGAGGCUGUCUCGGACCCCCAGUCCCCACAAUACGGGCAGUACCUGUCCCUGGAGCAGGUGAGGGACUUGGUCCAGCCUUCCCCAGCCACGCUGAUGACAGUUCUGAAGUGGCUGCAAGGCCAUGGUGUAGAGGACUGCCAGAGUGUCAGCACCCUUGACUUUCUGGAGUGUUACCUGCCUGCAAGCGUGGCUGAGCGCCUGCUCCCUGGGGCCGAGUUUCACCGGUACGUGCUGGGCCAGCGCAGCCUGGUGCGGUCCCCACUGCCCUACACUGUCCCCGCAGAGCUCGCGGAGCACUUGGACUUCGUGGGUGGGAUGCACCGGUUCCCCACGGAGCACAAGGCAGUCAGCAGAGCCGGGGCCAGGAAGGAGCCACAGCUGUCAAGAGCAUCGUUCCACCUGGGUGUGACACCAGCCAUCCUGCGCCAGAGAUACAACAUGACAGGGGGGGACGUGGGGCUCCAGCCCAACAACAGCCAGGCUUGUGCACAGUUUCUCGAGCAGUACUUCCACCAAGCUGACGUGGCUGAGUUCAUGCAGCUCUUCGGCAGUGGUUUUGCCCACCGCACGCAGGUGGACCGGGUGGUGGGGCACCAGGGCCAUGGCAAAGCUGGGCUGGAGGCCAGCCUGGACGUGGAGUACAUCAUGAGCACAGGCGCCAACGUCUCCACAUGGGUCUUCAGUAAUCCAGGGCGCCACGAGAGCCAGGAGCCCUUCCUGGCUUGGCUGCUGCUGCUCAGCAACAUGUCAGCGCUGCCCUGGGUGCACUCAGUGAGCUACGGGGACGACGAGGACAGCCUGUCCUAUGCCUACAUGGAACGCGUCAACACCGAGUUCAUGAAGGCGGCGGCCCGCGGCCUCACCAUCCUGUUUGCCUCAGGUGACGACGGCGCUGGGUGUCGGCGGGUGCACAGUGGGAACCACACGUUCCGGCCCAGCUUUCCGGCCUCCAGCCCCUAUGUCACCACUGUGGGUGGCACGUCCUUCAAGAACCCCUUCCUGGUGACAGAGGAGGUGACGGAUUACAUCAGUGGGGGUGGCUUCAGCAACGUCUUCCCCAUGCCUCAGUACCAGGCUGCUGCCGUCGGGCGUUUCCUGCACUCAGCCUCGAAGCUGCCACCCAGCUCCUACUACAACAGCAGUGGCCGCGCAUACCCUGACCUGGCUGCGCUCUCCGACAACUACUGGGUGGUGACAAACCGCAUCCCGCUGCCCUGGGUGUCAGGGACCUCGGCAUCCACACCGGUGGUGGCAGGCAUGGUGGCACUGAUCAACGACCGGCGCCUGCAACGGGGGCUAGCACCCCUGGGCUUCCUCAACCCCGCGCUCUACCAGCUGCAGAAGAAAGGGCUCGGUGAUGCAUUCUACGAUGUGAUCCAGGGCUGCCACCUCUCCUGUCUGGACGGCACCGUGCAGGGCCAGGGCUUCUGCGCCACCCCCGCCUGGGACCCGGUCACCGGCUGGGGCACCCCCAACUUCCCGCGCCUGCUGCGGGCGCUAGGGCCGCGCUGACCAGGACACCGGGACCGGACACCGGGACCGGACACCGGG